AUGGAUAGACUUUUCAUAUGGAUAUUGCUUAUUUUAUCUGCUCUGACUGUGAACAGUCAAGUUAUAGAGCUGCCUUUUGGCAAGUUACGUGGGCGAGACAAUGGACCGUACUAUAGUUACGAGUCCAUACCAUAUGCAGAGCCGCCACUGGGAGAAUUACGGUUCGAAUCGCCCCAGCCAUACAGGCAAAAGUGGGAGAGUAUCUUUGAUGCCACCAAACCACCAGAACCAUGCAUGCAAUGGGAUCAACUUUACGAAAAUCCUGAAAAUAAGAGCAAAUUAGAAGGAGUGGAGGAUUGCCUCACAGUGAAUAUCUACACCCCGAAAGCAAAUAAGGGACCUCACCCGGUUAUAGUCAUUAUACACGGUGGUUGUUUUAUGUUUGGCGGCGUCAAAAACUAUGACAUAGGACGAUUUACAAGCUUGGGCAAUGCCAUAGUGGUGGCCAUAGCCUAUAGAGUGGGCCCUCUUGGAUUUCUAAGUGCUGAACACAAAGACCUAAGCGGUAACAACGGGUUAAAGGAUCAACGGUUGGCAUUGGAAUGGAUACAUGAAAACAUUGCCUUCUUCGGAGGAGAUCCUCAGAACGUUCUUCUCGUGGGGCACUCCGCAGGUGGCGCUUCUGUGAACUUUCAACUCUUGAGACCCGAUUUCCAUAGAUUAGCCAAGGCGGCUGUCUCUGUAAGUGGAGUGGCCCUUAAUCCUUGGGCUAUGCCAAAACAGGCUCGAGAGCGAGCCUUUGCCAUUGGCGACAUGCUGGGCUGUGAUCACAGAUACAUUGCAAAGAAGCUCAAAAAAUGUUUGCAAUCCAAGCCCGCUGAGGAUAUUGUCUCUACUGUGCAGCAAUUCCAGGUUUCGGGCUAUGUGCCUUUUACUAUGUUCGGCCCUGUGGUUGAGGAUGUGGCCGCACCAAAUGCUUUUGUCACCCAACAUCCCAGAGAGACAAUGAAGAGCGGAUCAUGCUCCCAAGUUCCUUGGCUUGUAACUUACACAAAAGAGGAUGGUGGCUAUAACGCCGCCACACUUUUAGAGAAAGAUCCCAACACUGGACAGGAGAUUAUAGAAGUUUUGAAUACACAAUGGUUAGACUUGGCGCCGCAUUUGCUCUUUAAUGGACAGCAGGGUCCGUCUACUUACGCCCAAUCGCUGGAGAUUCGUCAGCGCUAUAUGGGAAAUCGUUCGUUUAAUAUUGCUAACUAUCCGGCCUUGGAAAAGAUGUUUACCGAUGUGCUGUUCAAGGAUGGCAUUGAGGAGACAAUGAAACUGCAUCGGAAACACGGCCGCAGUCCUUUAUAUGCUUUCAUCUACGAAAAUCCGUUACUCUUCGGAGCAGGACAGAUUUUGUCAAAGCGCACUGACUAUCAGUUCGGUACUGUGCAUGGUGAUGACUUCUUCUUGCUUUUUCCACUCUUGAAUGUUGGAAAAGAGUUGCGUCCAAAUGAUCAAUCAAUAUUGGAUAAGUUUCACAAAAUGUUAAUUGAAUUUACCUUGAGUACGAGUGGUGACUUACAAUACGGAACAUGCCGUUUCAUUAACAAUAGCAACGAGCCGUAUCUACAAUUGAUGAACAUUACUAGUGACUCUUGCCAAAAUGUUGCAGUCAAAAGUUUACCUUAA